UGCUUUGCUUUUCAGUCAGAAUUUGCCUUUCUGCAUUCUAUGCCACGGCUUAUUAGAGAGCCGACGGCCGCGAUUCAUCUUUUUGUAAUUUGAAAGAAUUCUCUUGUUGCGCAUUAAACAAGUGUUAGAUCCACGAUACCUACAGUAGUGUUAACUUGUUAGUUUAAGUCCAGUGGAUCAAGUUUAAAAACUGCCAUGGCAGCAAGUGCAAGGUUGUUCUCUCAAAUUAAAAAUGGAUUCACUACGGGCGUCCGCUUUGCCAGCUACGAAUCGACUCGUAAAAACUUGCAAUUGAACUCGAACUCCAAAGUUAUCUGCCAAGGCUUUACCGGUAAGCAAGGUACCUUCCAUUCCCAGCAGGCUCUUGAGUAUGGAACCAAGCUUGUUGGAGGAGUAUCCCCUGGCAAGGGUGGUCGUACGCAUUUAGACCUGCCCGUUUUCAACUCGGUGAAAGAGGCCAAGGCAGCAACUGGAGCGGAGGCUACUGUUAUCUAUGUGCCACCACCGGGGGCAGCCAAAGCCAUCCUCGAGGCAAUCGAAGCCGAAAUGCCGCUUAUUGUUUGCAUUACGGAGGGUGUUCCGCAGCACGAUAUGGUGAAGGUGAAACACGCUCUGUUGGCGCAAAGCAAAUCACGCUUGGUGGGUCCUAACUGCCCGGGAAUCAUUGCUCCUGAACAAUGCAAAAUUGGUAUUAUGCCUGGCCAUAUUCAUAAGCGUGGCAAAAUUGGUGUUGUCUCUCGAUCCGGUACACUCACCUAUGAAGCUGUCCAUCAAACAACCGAAGUCGGCCUCGGUCAGACGCUUUGCGUUGGAAUCGGAGGAGAUCCGUUCAACGGCACAGAUUUCAUCGAUUGUCUGGACGUCUUUCUGAAGGAUUCAGAUACUAAAGGCAUCAUUCUGAUCGGUGAAAUCGGUGGUGUGGCCGAGGAGAACGCUGCUGAUUACUUACUGCAAUAUAAUCAGGGUAUCAAAGCCAAACCAGUGGUUUCGUUUAUUGCUGGUUUAUCUGCCCCACCUGGUCGUCGUAUGGGCCACGCCGGAGCUAUUAUUUCUGGUGGUAAGGGAGGUGCCCAAGACAAGAUCAACGCACUGGAGAAAGCUGGCGUUAUUGUGACUAGAAGUCCGGCUCAAAUGGGCAAAGAGUUGUUGAAGGAAAUGAAGAGAUUAGAGCUUGUUUAAAUAAAUGACUUCCAAAGUGGAAUCUACAUCUAGAUAAUCCGUUUCGCGAUUUGUUUAUUUUUUAUUUAAACAAUUAAAAAGUCUAAAGCUAUUGCACACAA